GUUGAGUUAGAAGUGCUGAACAAAUAUGACCUCUUCGUCGGUGCUUACAGAGGAUAGAUUUUCUAUUCUUCUCUCGAGACUUGAUAGAAUCGAAGCUUCUCUGGCUGGCCUUGAAGAUGUCAAGAAACUACUAGUAGAGAUAGAGGACAACACUCAUGCCGAAGUAGAUAAUAAGUGCGAUUUUCGUCAAAACAAACUUGAGAAGGUUAUUGUGGCAAUUAGAACCAGUAUUAUAUCUGUUGGUGACAUUGACACAGUUGGUCAGCAAUUCAAAUGUGAUUUUUAUAUGUCGGCAACCUGGUCAGAGCCACAACUGCAGGGAAGAAGUCCGGAUGAUAUAAGAUGGAGCAAUGAAUGGCAUCCCAGAAUUGUGUUUUUUAAUGCUGUGGAAAUUGAAAAAAUGGAAAUAAAUCAUAAAUUGUUUUAUGAAGAGGGUAAUAAAAUACCAUAUGCCAUGCAGUCAUACAGAAUAAAAGGAAGUUUUAGAGAAAAUUUGGAGUUGUGGAAUUUUCCUUUGGAUUAUCAGCAACUGACAAUAACACUCAUGUCAGAUUGGACUGAUAAACUUGUAGAAUUUGAAAAAGACCUAAGAAAGCCAGAUAGGUUGCGGCCUGAAACAUUCACAGCUGACCAAGAAUGGCACCUAUGUAGAAAUGUGGUCACUGAAUCAACUAGUACUGUAUCUUCAGAGGGAAGCAGUGCUAAUGACUACCCUCUCUACCAUAUCAAGUGUCAUGUUAAGAGAAAGAAUGGUUACUACCUUUGGAACAUUGUUAUGAUUAUUUUUGUCAUUUCUCUCUUAUCAUUCUGUUCAUUUUCUGUGGAAAUCUCAUCACCUUCUGAUCGACUCAGUGUCACCCUUACCCUUCUGUUGACAGCAGUAGCUUUCAAGUUUGUUGUAUCACAGAGUUUACCAACUAUUUCAUACUUGACAUUACUGGACAAAUAUGUUUUGUGUGCCCUUCUCUUCCUGGGUUGCAUGGCUAUUGAAAAUGCAGUUGCUGCAGCUCUCAUUCUAGACUCAGCAGCUCAGAAAAAGUUUGAUAGAAUUUGUUUAUAUGUUGGCAUUGGCUGCUUUGUUUGCAUCCAUGUUGUGUUCUUGGCUUUUGUCAUUGUCAAGUCAAGAACAAGAAAUAGAAUACUCUCUGAAAAUGACAAGAAAUUCCGGGAGAUGUUACAGAGGGUAAAAAAUUAUGCAAUGGAAAAAGAACAAAGAAAAACAGAAAAACCUGAAGAAAGAUCUCAGCAAGACAAAGUUUUGGUUGUAAAGGCCUCCCCCCACCAGGGAGGGGUCACUGCCUAGAUCUGUGGUCUUGGAAUAUUAAUUUGAGCUUCAAAUGCCCAAACCUCCCUUUCCCCACCACACAGACACACACCAGCAUCCACCUUACCUCCCCCAUAGUGUCAUUAUUGUUCCUACAUUAAA